AUGGUGUGGUGGGUGGUGUGUGUGUGGUGUUUGUGGAGUGUGGUGGUGGUGGGGGGUGUGGGGUUGGGGGGGUGGGUGUUGUUGGUGUGGGGUGGGGGGGGGGGGGGGUGGGGUGUGGUGGUUGGGGGGGUGUUGGUGUUGUGGGGUGGGGUGUUGGGGGGGGGUGGUGGUUGUGGGGGUUUGGGUGGGGGGGGUGUGUGGGGGUGGGUUGGGGUGGGUUGUGUGGUGGUGUGGUGGGGGGGGGGGGGUGGGGGGUGGUGGGGGUGGGUGGGGGGGGGGUUGGUGGGGGGGGGUGUGGGUGGGGGGGGGGGUGGGGUUGUGGUGUGUUGGGGGGGUGGGGGGGGUGGGGGUGUGGAUGUGUGGUUGGUUGGGGGGGGGUGGUGUGUUUGGUGGGGGGUGUGUGGGUGGGGGGUGGGGGGUGUGUUGGUGUUGGUGGGGGUGGUUGGGGGGUGUGUUUUGGGUGGUUGUGGUUUGUUGGGGGUGUUUGUUUUUGUGUGUUGGGGGUGUGGGUGUGGGGGGGGUUGUGUGGUGGGGGUGUGGGGGUGGGGGGGGGUGUUUGGUAGGUGGUGUUGGGGUUGGGGGGGUGGGGGGGGGUUUGGGUGGGUGUGUGGGGGGUUGUGGGGGGUUGGGUUGUGGGGUUUUUGUGGUUGUGGGGUUGUGUUGUGGGGGUGGUGGGUGGGGGGGGUGGGGUGGGGGGGGGGGGGUGGGGUGGGGGGGUGUUGGGUGGGUGGUGGUUGUGGGGUGGUGGGGGGGUUGGUGUAUUUGUUUUUGGUUGGGGGGUGGUGUGGUGGUUGGGGGUGGGGAGUGGGUGGGUGUAGUGGGGGUUUGGGUGGUGUUGUAUUGGAGAAUUGGGUGAGAGGGGGGAUAUUAUGGGGGGGGGGGGGGGGUUGGGUGGGGUGGUGUGAUGGUUGUGAGGUGUGGGGGUUUGUAGGAGGGGAAGGAGGGGGGAUUGAGAGGGUUGAGGGGGUGGGGAAUGGGGUUUUGUGGGUUUUGGUGGGGUUGUGGUGUGGUGGGGGGGGUUGGGGGUGGUUUUUGGGUUUGGAUGUUUUUAGGUUGGUGGGGGGGUGGUGGGGGGGGGGGGGUUGGGGGUUAUGGGGAGGGGAGGAUGUUAUGGGGUGUUGUUUGUAUUUUUUGUAUUGGGGUUUUGGAGUAGGGUGUGUAUUGGAGAUGGGAAAUGGGUUUUGGAAUGGGUUUUAUGUGGAGUGUUUUGUGGUGUGUGGGUUGAUUGUGUGGUAG